CUCACAUUUUCCUCACUCGUGAAAAAAGUUCGACCCGGACCCGUGUGCGUGCCCAUUUCUCCGUGGCAUUACGCUAAUUUCCGUGCAAGAAAAAGCAAUUUUGCUCGUGUUUCCCGUGUGUUGUACCGUGCAUUAAAACACUCAGUGCAAAAUAAUGGCUCCACCAUCGUACUCCGACCUUGGCAAACAGGCCCGCGAUGUCUUCAACAAAGGGUACCACUUUGGCCUGUGGAAGCUGGACGUGAAGACCAAGACCAACUCGGGCGUGGAGUUCAGCACGAGCGGCCACUCGAACCAGGACACCGGCAAGGUGUUCGGUUCGCUCGAGACCAAGUACAAAGUGAAGGAGUACGGUCUGAACUUCUCGGAGAAAUGGAACACAGACAACACGCUCACCUCGGAGGUGUCGGUCGAAAAUCAGCUGGUCAAGGGACUGAAGGUUUCGUUCGAUGGCAUGUUUGUGCCGCAUACCGGGUACGUGCUGUCACGCCGACCACUGUUCGGCUAUGCCGUGUCAUACAAGUACCGGCGCAAGCCAUCGGUGGCAGACGGCGCGAUUGAUGAUGCACGCAACGGAAGAAGUAAUGGUGCUAACGCUUUCACUUUGUCCUACAGAAGCAAAACCGGUCGCUUCAAGACUGCCUACUCGCACGACCGUGUGCGCGUCGAUGCGGACUUCAACGUUGACCUGAGCGGACCGCUGGUCAAUGCGUCCGGUGUUGCUUCCUACCAGGGCUGGUUGGCCGGUUACCAGGUUGCAUUUGACUCGCAAAAGUCGAAAAUCACCGCGAACAACUUCGCUCUCGGCUACUCGGCCGGCGACUUUGUUCUGCACACCAACGUUAAUGAUGGCCGUGAGUUCGGUGGUCUGAUCUACCAGCGAUGCAACGAUCGUCUGGAGACGGCCGUUCAGCUGUCGUGGGCUUCGGGCUCGAAUGCCACAAAGUUCGGCAUGGGCGCCAAGUACGACUUGGACAAGGAUGCUUGCGUCCGUGCCAAGGUCAACAACCAAAGCCAGAUCGGUCUCGGCUACCAGCAGAAGCUGCGUGAUGGUAUUACUCUGACAUUGUCCACGCUCGUUGAUGGCAAGAACUUCAACGCUGGCGGUCACAAGAUUGGUGUCGCUCUGGAGCUGGAGGCUUAAGCGAGCGCGCUCGAAUGUGUGCCGUUUUUGUGUUCUCUUGCGCCCUUUUCCUCCCCCCGUUAGCCCCGUGCGCAAAACCAGGUGUUGCGGAUACGAUGAUGAUGGGGCCUCUGCAUUGGGUGUAGUUGCAAAGUGUUUUAAGAAAUAUUAAACGACCGAGGGAAUCCUUACCACAUAUA